AUGGAGAUCAAAACAGUUUUGGUUAGCCUUGUCUUGGCGGCACUCGGGAUCGCAGUUGCCCUUGCGGGUUUCGCUGCUGAAGCAUUGAAGCCUAAGAAAUCUCAACUAAAAGUGGUUUACCAUGGUGUCGAUCAUGAAUGCGACUACCCGAGUAGUCCAGUCAUGCGUAUAGCCAUAGCAGCAGUCGUGGCUCUUGUGACAGCGCGCGCCAUCAUCACAGCAACGACUGGUGGUUGUUGUUCAUGUUGCCGACCUAUCCCUAGCGCAUCCAAAGUCGCCCGACUCUGUAUUCUUAUAUCAUGGAUUAUGUCUAUAGGAGCUGUCAUUCUAUUUAUUGUGGGGGCAAUAUUAAGUGGUGAAAAAGGUGUGGAGAUAGAUGUCAAUGAUGUGUUCUAUUGUUACACUCUAAGGCCCGGGGUCUUCGGUGCAGCCGGUAUUAUAGGCCUCCUUCAAAUUAACCUCAUACACCAUACUGAGUGGAGGGACAUGAAGCGUCAUAUGGCAGCUACGUCAUCAGAGGGGCGUGAUAAAUAA